AUGCCCAGCAUCACUGUCAGCGAUGGGAACACUUUCAAGAACUGGGGCCCGGUGACCACCACCUUCACCGCGCCAGCGAGCUGCUCAACUGCUGGCGAUUUCUUGAUUGGAAAUACCACUGACUUUCCUUUGUAUGACUAUGCGACGCAAUGCUCUACAUAUGGCGAUUAUGGCUGUACCCCCACUGGCACCUUUUUCCCAUCUCUGACCAUAGAGUCCAAUUUAACUAAGAUGGAUGAUAAUAUUCCAUAUUACUCCCCGGGUUUAUACUGUCCAUCCGGAUGGGCAACGGUGGGAGUAGCUGCCCGCGACGGCGACAAGACCACGAGCUUGUCGGGAAUUUUGGGUGUCUCGACUACCACCACCACAAGCGACUCGUGGCUCGACUACCUCCCCAAAGUGGGGAACCCCCUGACGAUGCUAGCGGAGCUUCUAGACCCAGGCGAGACUCUAGUAAUGUGCUGCCCUAGUUCCAUGACGGCCGACAUUAGAAUCGGCUGUUACACGAAUGUCUCCGAUAUCGAUGUGGCCACGGCAUGUUACCGCUUCAUUAACGCUUUGGAUACUAGCACAUUGACUAAAACCUACGAUGUGAAUGGGACCACCUCCACGGGUCUCCUCGUUGUCACGACUGCUCCGCAGACCGUCUCGAUCGGCACAACAAUCUUCGGUUCUUCGCAGUUGGAUGAGUUGGGUGGAAUGACUCUUCUGCCUAUGCUUUCACUAGUACACCAUCAGUCCGAUCUCAAGGCAACAGGAACAGCUGAGGCUGGGUCUGCUGAGGCUACGUCUACUUCCAACUCUGCAAAUAAUUCCAACUCUGCAACUACUUCCAGCUCUGCGGCUACUUCUAACUCUGCGGCAAGAGCUGGCCCAAAUUUCAACUCAUGGGAUGGACUAGGUGCUGUUCUGGGGGUAUCACUCGCUGCGAUUGUUUUGGGCGCGGCUGUGGUCUUACAAUGA